GCUUUAGCUUUACUUCGCGAGCUUUUCUUGAGUUUGGUAAAGAGCCUGGUAAAGGAGAGAAACUCUCGAGAAGAAAUCUCGGCUAUGGCGCUAAAAGAUCUUGGCCGUCCAUUUUUGCGUGUCAUUUUUACCAAAUGUUUGGUGGGAAGUCGUAAUUAGGGUUCUUGGGUGAUCGUGGAGCAGCAAUGCGGGCGUAGGAUCUGGUGGAAGGCCGCGCUAGAUCUUUGCGCGCAGCUCAUGUAAGCGAAAUGUACGUGCAGGACAGGAUAGACCCAUCCCCGGCUGGGAAUGGCGAGGCUCGAGAUGGAUCUGGGGCUCCGGCCAGGAAUGGUGUGCACUUCAAGCUAGAUUCGAACUCCACCACCGUGAUUCCGGGCCGCAAUGAGGAAGAUUUCGAGGGCAGCGAGGAGAGCGAGGUGGAAGAAGACACUGAGAGGCGGCCGAUUUUGCCCGCGCCAAGCUCCUCCCCUCCGGAGCCUUCCUCCUCGAUUCAGUCGUUCGUGGUGGAGAAUUUCCCGAAGAUCGUGAUUGGGCUCUUCGUGUUCCUCAGCGCGAUAGUGUUCUUGAUGGUGAGAAGCCGGGGCGACAAUGCGGUGCUGUCGUGCAUAGAGUCGGCUUCCAGGCAGAGGGAAGAGAUUCCAUAUCCGAGAGUGGACUUGGAAGCAGCCAGCGCGAAAGUCGACAAGGGGAUCUUGAAGUCCGAGAAGUGGAUCGUCGUGGCGGUAUCGGGAGCUCCUAGCGAAGAAAUCCAGCAGCUCGCCAAGCUGGAUGGGUGGCAGCUUCUAGCUCUUGGAAACUCUCAAACUCCCACCAAGUGGGAAGUUCCAGGGGCGAUUUUCCUCUCCAAGGACGCUCAAGCCGGCUUGAACUUUCGGGUCCAGAGCCACAUCGAUCCAGACGGUCCCGCGAGGAAAAACGUUGGCUACCUCUUCGCCAUCCAGCACGGAGCUCGCAAGAUCUACGACGCGGACGAGAAGAUCAUCGUCCGCGGAGGAAACUUGGAGAAAGUCUUCGACGUGGAGCUGAGCGGAACCUCGGGCAGGAGGGAGCCUCUAUAUCAGUACCGGAUGGUGGAGAACCGGACCAUCGUCAAUCCUUACGUCCACUUUGGCCAGAGAUCGAUGUGGCCGCGAGGUUUUCCCGUGAGGAUGGUGGGAGAGACCUCUCUCGAAGUCGCCUACAACGAGAUCGCUCCCGGGAGGCACUUCAUCCAGCAGGGGCUGGCGAAUGGAUUCGCGGACGUCGAUGCGCUCUUCUACUACACCCGGCGGUCGGAGCGCGAGGCCCUGAGCAUCGAGUUCGAUUUGCAAGCGCCGCCAGUGGCGCUUCCGCAGGGAACCAUGGCACCCGUAAGCUCCGUCAACACUUUGUUCCACAGCCCGGCUCUCUGGUCACUCAUGAUCCCGGCGGACGUGAGCUCGAGAGCUGCCGACGUCGUUCGAGGCUACUGGGCUCAGCGGCUGCUGUGGGAAGUUGGCGGGAUGGUCGUGGUUUUCCCUCCUACAGCGCACCGUGUCGAUCAACUGGAUCCCAUUCUUCUCAAGGACGAGAAGGACUUGCACAAGAUGGAGCGGCUCAUCAACUUCGUGGUUUCAUGGCGGUCGGACAAGCGGUCGUUGUUCCAGCGGAUUCUCCAUCUCAGUCACUCCAUGGCUGAGAAUGGCUACUGGAGCGCACAAAACGUCGACUUGACGGUGGCGUGGUUGCAAGAUCUCGUCUCGGUUGGGUACCGCCAGCCUCGGAUGCUAGCUCUCGAGCUCGGACGAGUGGACCCGUUGCUGUAUAACUCGGAGCACGUCCAGUUCGUGCCGGAGACGCUGCCGUCGGUUUAUCUCGGCAUCCACGAGUCGUCGCAGCUGGAGAAGGAGAUGGGAGACUGGCUCAAGUGGCGGCGUUACUUUGGCAACAUCGUCCUGGUGCUCGACUGCUCGCCCGACGCGAAUGCCACGGUCCUGGCAUGGCGGAUGUUCUACAGCCGCUUGUUCAAGCACGUUGAGAUUCGUUCGCGGGAGAGCAAUGCUGGCCUUCGAGUCGAGGGUGGAAACUUCACGUAUCAGUCCCUUCCAGAGGUGUUUGAUCGCUACCCGCACGCUGAUGGCUAUCUUUAUCUCAAAGAUGAUGCCGUCUUCAACUACUGGAACUUCGUCACCUCGAACAAAAACAAGCUCUGGAGUCUCCAAAAGUCCAGAACAGCCAUCCAGCCAAAGACGACAUGGCAAGUUAUCGGAUUCAAGCGACCUGGCUCGGCCUGGUAUCUCGCAAGCAGCGUCAAGAAGAGCAUCAAAGCCGCUGUUCGUAGCUUGUCCCCAAAGAUGCUGGCCAACUACAGGAAGAGCAUGGACGACAUGCACUUCGUUGUCUCGAGCUCCGAUUCCUUCUACAUCCCCCACCGCUACGUGAGCGACUUCAAGGCCCUAGUUCCAAUCGGGGUGAAACUGGAGCUCCGUCCGGAGCUGGCGAUACCGCUCUUCUUCUUGGCCAUGGAGAAGCCAGCGAGCUACGACUCCGAAGCGUUCAAGUACGUGGCCGAGACGAGCGUGAGGCGCGAUCCCGCCGUGUUUUACCGGAAGAGCAAGCACUUGGUUCGUCCCUGGAGCGCUAGAAACGUCUCGGAGAUCGUGAGAAGAAUAAGAGCUUUGUCGAUCGGGGACCCGUUGCUGGUGGAGAUUUUGUGAGAGAGAGAGGUUCCAGUCUCUCACAGCCUGUACAGCUUCUAUGGCGUAAGCGAGAGAAAGAGUUGCUCCAAAAUAGUGUUCAAGGAGCCGAAGUCUGAGAAGAACUGGAAAAUAAGUUAACUUCUUCUCCAUCGA